AUGUACGCCCGUAUCCACAAGACGGCGCCCUCGCAGGCCAAGAAGGUCUCCGGACUGGACCCGAUCGCUCAAGUGUCCAUUCUGAGCCCGAUUGCUAUGCUUCAAAGCGUGAUGUCCGACAUCAAGAGAAGCCUACUCGAUAUUUCGCCCGGCUCGAAAGGUGAUGGCGACGAUGAUGAGGACGACCACAGCGCCGAUCAGCCACCCCCGGAGACGUUUGCAGAAUUUUGUACACGCCAAACUCGAAACGUGCUACACUUCCUGGUAGAAGAUUGGUGUCUUUCGGCAUGUCUCGGAAUCAUCACUGCUAUUUUAUCAGUCGGAAUGGAUGUGGCGAUCGAAGAGAUUCAGCACUUGCACGUGGUCGUCUACGACUUUAUGGCCCUAAAUGUACCGUCAUUAGCCUUAUCCUCUUGGGUGAUACACGUCGUUUUCUUCACGGCGAUGUCGACGCUAUUUUGUAAAAUUGUUUCGGAGAAGGCUGUUGGCAGUGGCAUCCCCGAAGUGAAAGUGAUCAUGCACGGCUUCAAAAUGGAGGGCUACCUCACCUUCCGCACACUAAUUGCCAAGAUGGUCGGGCUGACGCUGGCGAUGGGAGGCGGGUUGCCGAUCGGAAAAGAGGGCCCUUUCGUGCACAUCGGAGCCAUCGUUGCCACGCUACUCUCGAAAGUCACCGCCUCGUGCCAAUAUUCGGCCUUUUUCUCGAAUGAAGGCCGUGAAAUGGAGAUGCUCUCCACGGGAUGUGCCGUCGGAAUCGCGUGUACCUUUAGCGCGCCGAUUGGAGCCGUCCUCUACGCCAUCGAAUCUACCAGCAAAUAUUUUGCGGUGAAAAACUAUUGGCGAAGUUUUCUGGCAGCCACCUGCUCAGCGAUCGUCUUCCGCUUUGCCAACUUUUUCGUGACGGCCGAGCAGAGUGGUACCAUCACGGCCUUCUACCAAACACGGUUCCCUACUGAGGCGUUUAUGAUCGAGGAGCUGCCGGUUUUUGCGAUUUUGGGGCUUCUCCUCGGAAUCUUGGCCGCCCUGUUCACCUACACACACAGGCGCAUUUUCCUCUUCCGCCAGAAAAAUCGGCUCUACCGAUUGAUCUUCAAAAAUAACUUCUUCGGCUUCACCCUGUUUUUCGCGUUUAUGGUCGGGGUCUGCACGUAUCCGAAUGGAAUGGGGAGAUAUGUGGCUGGGAAGCUAACCUUCCGCGAAACUAUGGCCGACUUCUUCAACAACUGUACUUGGAGCGCCAACGAUACGAGAGCAUGCGCCGAAUCCCUGCUUCACCACUGGAGCGGUGGCUCCGAGCGUGACCUCUCCAUCUUCCUGACGCUGUCCUGCUACGUGGUGAUGAACUUCUUCCUGGUCGCCAUUUGCAUUAGCAUCAACGUCCCGGCCGGGGUCUUCGUCCCCUCCUUCAUCAUCGGCGCGGCGAGUGGGCGUAUGACCGGGGAGUUCAUGCAGCUGCUAUUCCCGGACGGAUUGCGCGGCGCGGGUGGACCACCGAUCUACCCGGGACUGUAUGCCGUCGUUGGAGCCGCCGCCUACACCGGUGCUGUCACUCACACCCUGUCGGUGGCGGUGAUUGUCUGCGAGUUGACUGGGCAGUUGACUCCGAUUCUUCCGGUUUUGAUCGCUAUGUUGAUGGGCAACGCCAUCUGCAAGUUCUUGCAACCCUCAAUUUACGAGAGCAUCAUCCGGGUCAAGAAGUAUCCGUACUUACCCGAGUUGCCGCCGAGUCGAUUCAGUGUGCACACCGUCAAGGUCGAGCAGAUCAUGGUGGAAGACGUCAUCUACAUCACCAAGAACAUGACGUACCGCGAGUUGAAGGAGGUUCUAACAUCUGCACCUCAUCUGAGAAGCUUCCCGAUUGUCACUGAUCACGCCACAAAACUCCUCCUCGGCUCCGUAGCAAAACGGUACCUGGUGAUGCUCCUCAGACGUCAUGUGCUCGUCUCUCAACAAGAUAGCAAGCAAAGCCGACUCACUCCGGCCGACAUCAUCAACACGAUCAGAAGGACGUCGAUGAGGCUCUCCAAGCGGAACUCGGCUCGUCGCCAGGAGCAAGAGCAGCGGAUAGCCGAAAAAGCGCUGCAUCGCGCCGCUUCGAAUCGAUCGGCAGAGAGCGCGCCAAUGCUCGGCAAUCGGGAGGAGGAGCAGUACGUCGUGUCGGAUCGGACGUUUAGCGGGAAUACCUAUUUGAGCAUUUCACCCCUACACGCUCCGAACAACGUUCCGCUACACGCCGUCUUUACGCGGCCGUCGAACACCGAACUCCACAAGGACCAGAGCGAGGAGGAGCUGCUCAACCGGACGAUCGACUUGGAUGAGAUUGCCAUCGACUCUGCACCAUUCCAGCUUGUGCACGGGUCAUCGCUUUACAAAGUUCACAGUCUCUUCUCGCUCCUCGGCCUCUCCCAUGCCUAUGUCAGCGAUAGAGGGCGGCUGAUUGGAGUUGUUGGGCUAAAAGAGCUACGAGAUGCCUUGGCUCAUAUCUACCUGAGAGGUGUCUUGCCGGCUAAAGGCGAUCGGAAGCUGACUUCCGGGAUCGUGGGCGUUAUUCCGAAACAGGAGGAGGAGACGCAAAAGGACGAGGAGCCCGAAGACUCCGAGCAGUCCAACGGUAUCACCAUCCAAAUGGACGCCAAGCAGACCCACGGCAAUUCCCUGUCCGUCCCCUCAAAUGUC